UUGAGCAUCGGUAUCACCUGUGACAUAGAGCCUUCGAGUUUAUCUACUGUGACUUUAGCACAGCGAAAGCCUUAAAUGCCUUCUUCUUGCAGCGCAUUUCUAAGCAGUGGAUCUAUAUUGCUCCUGAUUGCAGCCUCCGAGCCCACCGACUUGUCGCACAAUGCCUUUUAUUAGGUCUCUGGCGCAACGGUUGGGUUCAUGACCGAUGUCUCUCUCGCGUCGCAGAAUAAAACGCGCCCAAUACUGAAGCUCCAGCUGCAUAAAAGCAGGAGCUUUUCCUCAACGGAUAGCAGUCGCAGCGAUAUCGCACUCAGCAUGGUGGCACAGCGUGGUGUCGUGCUGUCCUCGGUAGCCCUGGUGGCCCUGUCCCUGGUAUCGCUGGGCAGUGCAAGGGCGCUCUCGGGGUGCCCACCCGCGGACGACAAGGACUCCGAUGCCACUUUUAUCGCCAACCCGCUGGACUGCUCCUCUUACUUCGUGUGCCAACAGGGACUUCCCGUGCUUAUGCCAUGUCCGGCAGGCCUGCUAUUCAACGACGCUCUCAACGUUUGCGACCACGCUUAUAAUGUAAGCUGCGUGCCGCUCUACCCAACAUUCACCACAAAGGCUCCACCACCAGCCGAAGCCACCACUAAAAAGAUUGAGGUUGAGGAGAAGGUAGUCAAGGAGAAGGUCCCUCGACCAGCCGAAGACGAUGCCCCCGCUACCAGCAAGAGCGAUGGGACCAAAGUCGAAGAAGAAGCGCCCGCCUCCGUUGAUGCUGGGACCGUCACGCAGGCAGCCGUUGUCAGCACCAAAGUCAACGAUGACGUGAACUCGGUAGGAAAGCCCGUUGAAGGCACCAGGGCCGAGGCACCUGAGCAGAGGGAUGCGGGCAACGUGGCUGGCGGAAACGACGAUGUCAACCACGCCGUGUUGUGAACCUAUUCGAGGAACUUCAGAGACAUUGGCUCUUGGUGGAAACAUGCGUGGGACUCAGGAGGAAGAAUUAGUUGGAAUAAUCAAUUCUGCAGACUCAUUCAUUCAGGAUUACAUGCGAUCACAGCACGUCUUCCAAAUUACAGACUGACAGCACCGUGAAGAAAUAAAGAAAGUGAAUUGAAUUUAA